AUGAACUUCAAUGUCCUUCGGAAUUCUCUUGCAAAAAUCGAUAUCUUUGGAUAAAAUAUAACUCUAAACAUGAAUAAGAAUGCUAAUUACACAACAGCCUUUGGUGGGAUUGCAUCAAUUUUGAUUAUUAUUUUACUUAGUCUCAUUUUCUUUUCGAACAUUGUUGAAUUUUUUGGCAAAGACAAUGUUUUCUAUGAUAGUGAAAUAUAAUUCUCCAACGAUCCAGGUUUAAUGGAAAUGAUGGAAGACAACUCUAUGUUUGCUUUAUCUAUCGAUUAAGUCAAUUUUACAACAAACCCUUACUUCAAUAUUACUGUUGAAUAAAAGUAUUUAAGUUCGUUUGUCAUUUUUAGGAUUUACUUAAGAAGUAUAAAUGGCACUCUCACAAAGCUAACCGUAGAAGUUGCGAUGUAACCAUGUACAUUAGAGAGGUUUAAUAAUAUAUUUCUGCAGCAAGGAUUAGAUUUUACUGAGUAGUUUAAUUUUUUAGGAAUGAGUAAAAUGUUAUGUCCUAAAUCUAACUUUACUUUUUAGAUGUAAGGAACUUAUUCAAGUGAGACUUUUAAAUUCAUAAAAAUUACAGUUAAAGAUUGCAAAGCAUAAAAUCAAACUAGUGAUAGUCUUUGGAAUCCAACUUGUAGUUCUUCUGCAGAAAAGGCCAAAUAUCUAGCCUCAACUGGACAGUUUAAAUUAUAAAUCUUUUAAAUUAACACUGUAGUCAAUCCAUUGAAACCCAAUUAAUAUAAAAGCAUAUAUAUAGAUAGUGAUAUGUAUUUUUCAUUUGUGCCUUACAAAUUGGCUAGAUUGGCUAAUGUUUACUAUCGAUAGUUCGUUGUCAAUAAAGACCAAAGCAUUAUGCCAUACGAAGACAUAGAAUAAGAGAAGAUCAUAGUCAGAAAGGCUGAAGAUUUCCGAGAUCUCACCGAACUGGGUAGAGAUACAGAUGAUAAUUAUGCUAUUGUAUAUUUAAGGCGAAGUCCUUUCACUGAAACUAUAAACAGGAAAUACUAAAAGUUAGGUGAGUUGCUUUCUUACCUGGGAGGGUUCAUGCAGAUCAUGAAGGUUAUUUUUGGAUUUGUAAUUGCAUUUUAUAAUAGAACAUCAAUGUUAAUUGAAUUGGCUAAUAAACUUUACGAUUUCCAAGAUGGUAAUCAGUUGAAACAGUACCGCACAAUUAAAACAUUGAAGUACACUGAAUAAAUAGGGUCACCUGUUGAAAAAUAAGAAUCCAAUCCCAUAAAUCAAAUAAAUAGUUCAUAAGAGCUCUAUAAAGUUGAAUGGAAACAUUACAUAAAAUAAUUAGUGAAAAAAUCAAAACCAAUUACUUUUAAUUUGAGAAUUUUCAUAAAUUAAUUGACAUUUGGCUAUCUUUUAAAAAAUAAAAAUUCAGACUUUUUAGAGAAGGCAAUGAAUAAAAUCAAUAGUGAAUUAGAUUUGCACAGUAUCCUUUAUCAAUUACAGGAGAUAAACAAGCUUAAAUCAGUGUUAUUAAGAAAAUCCUAAAUAAUUUUAUUUAAUUUUUCUCCGAAGCCCAUAGUCACUUUAGGCAAGGAAUAGGUUGUUCCAUCUCGGUAUUCAGUUGAGGAUUUGGAGACUGGGCAAUCGUAUAUCAAGGCCAAAGAAGAUACUCUUAACGAAGAUUUGUUUUUAAGAAUUGAAGAAGCUUACAAGGAAAUAGCAGAGGAGGUUGAAAGAUCAAACGCAAACAUCUGCCAAAUGAAUAUCAAUUUAAAGUUAACUUAGCUUAUAGGAUCAGACAUAAAGAGCAUUUUAAAACCUAUUUAGAACUAACGCAGAAAUGGCAUAAAAUCUACUGAAAUAUAAAACAAUAAUAAUAAUUAAGAAGAUUUUCACUAAAGCGAUUGA